AUGUGGCGGCGCGCGAUUGCAUGGCGCGUGGGGCGCUUCAGCGAGAAAGAGCAGUGCGCUCUGCGCUCCCCCCGUGCGUCGCUCGGCUUCUCCCCUCUGCGACCCAAGCCCGUGGCUAAGCCGCCCAGCAAAAAGCCCAGGCCCAGGGAUGUGAUGGGUACCGCUGCUGCUGUGAAGCCCAGAGCGGUGCAGAGCGGUCAAGCGACCGUCGCAGCUGCAGCAGUCAAAGCCACGCCAGCCAAGGCGACGCCAGCUAAGGUGGCGCCAGCUAAGGUGACGCCGAUUAAGGCGACACCUGCUAAGGCUACGCCAGCUAAGGCGACGCCGCCAGCUAAGGUGACGCCGAUUAAGGCGACACCUGCUAAGGCUACGCCAGCUAAGGCGACGCAGGCUAAGGUGGUGCCAUCCAAGGCGACGCCAGCCAAGGCAACGCCAGUUAAGGCGACGCCGCCAGCUAAGGGUGUUGUGGGAGAGAUGGGAGGAGAGGUGGAGGAAUGUGGUGAGCUGGAAUGGGGAGGCAUGGCAUGA